AUGAAACGCUCUUUGUUUAGUAGAGAAGCAGCAGAGGGGCAGUUUGGGGCUUCGACGGAAAACUAGGAAUUUCUUCUUCUUUAUAAAUUUCGCCGACGAUUAAACGUUCUUUUUUUCUCUGCUUUUCUUUUCUUUCCUCAGUGAGUAGUACUCAUCAACGGAGAGAGAAAAUAAAAAUUAAAAGUAAAAUCCCAGAGUGAGAGAGAGAAAAGAAAAGAAGAGAAUAAAACACCAAACAAGCUUCGAAACGAUCGUGAGUGAGAUGAAGAAGUGCGAACUGUGUAAAGUUCCGGCGAGGAUCUUCUGCGAGUCGGACCAGGCUAGCUUAUGCUGGGACUGCGACGCUAAGGUUCACAGCGCCAACUUCUUGGUCGCGAGGCACGUGCGAACCCUACUCUGCCGCACGUGUCGUUCUCCCACGCCCUGGAAGGCCUCCGGCGCCUCACUCGCCCACGCCGCCUCCGUCUGCGACCGCUGCGCCGCCGCGGAAGAGACGGAAGAGAGCGAAGCCGGCAAUGACGACGAACCAGACACCGAGGACGACGACGAUGUCGACAACCAGGUCGUGCCGUGGUCCUCCACGCCGCCGCCGCCGCCGCCGUCGAGCUCCUCCGGCAGCGAAUGCUCGGAGUGCAAAAACAACGUUGCUUCUUUUUCCGCCUCGGAACAGGAAACGACAACAUCCUCGUUGAAACGACAGCGCGAGGACGACGACGAUGCUUCUUCCGAUCCUGAUCCCAGUUUGUCGCUUGAAAUCAGGGUGUUGAGAAGGGUUGGGCGUCUCAACGGAGGUUGCGUGUGACGGAGAAUUGUCGUUGAAGGAAAGAGUGGUGUGGCAUACGACGUCGUUUCGUGAUGGGGAAAGUAAGAGUUUUCUCAGCCGUACGAUCGACCAAGAUAUUUUUUAGCUCUUUCAUCAUUAACUUCUAAUCUAACCGCUUACAAGUUACAAUAACACUGUUGGUUUUUGACUAGGUUUAUUGUUGUGUAGUAUUAAUGUGGAGUUUUCCUUUAUCAGUUUUUUAAGGUAAACAUUGCGAUGUCAUCUUGAUGUAACUUUUUUUUUUUAUAUAUAUAUAUAAAAUCUCCAUUUUUUAUAUA